GGGUGAUUGGAGGACAACGACGACGCGCUGCUGCCUCUGCUGUUUUCGGUGCUGCCAGUGUCAGAGAGGGCUUGGUGCGACCACCAUUCACGCAAGCUAGUGUACAUGCGCUGGGGACAGCGGGAGCAGCAGCGGGAGCAGCGGGAGCAGCAACAGCAGCAGCAGCAGCAACAGCGGGAGAGAACCGACAGUGGACUCAGCACGUUCGAGGAGUGCAUACGACAGCCAUGAGCAGCAACAAAGCAGCAGACCUAUGGAUGGAGGUGAUUGCCCUUGGCAAGCAACCAGGCGUCACAGAUCUCAGCCAAGGCUACCCUGACCUCCCAGGUGACCGCAAGGCACGCGAACUUGCUGCAGACAUCAUCCUCAAUGGCGCCGAGGAUGACUUUAGCGUGAACCAGUACUCCCCAGCCAUUGGCGUGCCGCAACUGCGUGAGGCGCUGGCCCGCUUCUACACGGCAUGGUAUGGCGAGAGCGCUACAUAUGACCCGGACACCGAGGUCUGUGUUGCAACCUCGGGCACCGAGGCGCUCUACGCCGCCACCCAAAGCCUGCUCAAGCCUGGCGAUGAAGUCAUCAUCUUCGAGCCUUACUUUCCAUGGUAUCUCCCGCACCUGGAACAGGCACAUGCCGUUCCCAAGGUUGUGCGGCUGUCACCGCCCAACUUUGCACUGACGGAGGAAGCAUUGGAGCAGGCUGUCAGUGAGAAGACACGCAUGAUCAUCAGCAACACCCCGCACAACCCAACAGGCCGCGUCCUCACGCAGGCAGAGCUGGAAGCAAUCGCCUCCGUGUGCCGCAAGCACAACCUCAUUGCGCUCUCUGACGAAGUGUACGAGUGCGUUGUGUUUGGCGACCACACGCACCGCCGCCUUGCGGACCUACCUGGCAUGCGCGAACGCACCCUCACCCUCGGCAGCGCCUCCAAGAUGUUCUCCCUUACGGGCUGGCGCAUUGGCUGGUGGACCGGCCCCAAGGAAUGGAUUGCUGCGAUUGCGAAGAAGAAGUCUUUCUGCAGCUUCUGCGCACCAACGCCGCUGCAGCACGCUGUUGCUGGCGCCCUUGACGCAACAUCCAAGGAGCAGAUGGCCGAGGUGGCACGCCUCUUUGAAGCAAAUGCAAAGGACCUCAGCGCCAGCUUGACGGCGAUGGGCCUGGAUGUCACGAACGUGGAGGGCGGGUAUUUUGUCAUUGCCGACGUGCGAUCCACAGGCAUGGAUGCAAUGACGUUCUGCAAAUGGCUCGCGGCCCACAAGCACGUGGCGUGUGUCCCGCUGUCCCUCUUCUCCACGGACCCAUCCGACCCACACCUGUCAACGCUCGUCCGCUUUGCCAUCUGCAAGAAGCGCGAAACCAUCCACACUGCGUGCCAGAAGCUCAACGCGCCCGCGCCAUCCUCCUAACCGUUCACACUCACGCAGGUCAACCCACAUGCACACAAGCUAUGUCUCUCACAAUGACUCGUUACAACGAUGCACGUGUGAGGCGCCCAUUGCCGUGGUCCAGCGUUGUGUAAUCAACCUUGUUGUUUCUCCCUCGUUCCCGCUGCCCUCGUUUCUCCUCUCGUCUUUUCCCCUGGUCGUUCGUUUGAUCCAUCCAUCCAUACACCCAUCCAUCCAUCCAUCCAUUCACCCAUCCCUCCACCCGUCCCUGUCCUUCCCCCUUCCUCCUCUUCCAUCGCUUUCAGCUGCCGCAACCACAAGCGCCCUCACUGUUGUCGUUACCACACUUCAUAAACAACUCUUUCAGCGC